GAGCGGGGCGGAUGGGAGGAGCUGUGGAAGCACUUGUAGUCAAGUUAGUUUGGCCUCACAGACGGUGACAAAACAGUUGCGCCUUCUUCCUUAUUCAGUCGUUUACAACUUGUCUUGUUGAGAACAGAUCAAUCGCAGCCAUGACAAAGGACCCAAAUAAGCCAAGAGGAAAAACAUCCUCCUAUGCUUUCUUUGUUGCGACGUGCCGCGAGGAGCACAAAAAGAAACACCCUGGGACCAGUGUCAGCUUUUCAGAGUUUUCCAAGAAAUGCUCUGAGAGAUGGAGGACCAUGUCAGCCAAGGAGAAGGUGAAGUUCGAGGACUUGGCUAAGAACGACAAGGUCCGUUAUGACAGAGAGAUGAAAACAUACGUGCCUCCUAAAGGUACCGCGAAGGGCAAGAAGAAGAAGGACCCCAACGCACCCAAAAGGCCACCUUCUGCAUUCUUCGUGUUCUGCUCUGAUCACCGUCCCAGGAUCAAGGAGGAAAAUCCCGGUAUUUCCAUUGGUGACAUCGCCAAGAAGCUUGGCGAGUUGUGGUCUACACAGGGUCCCAAAGACAAGGCUCCCUAUGAGGCCAAGGCUGCCAAACUGAAGGAAAAAUAUGAGAAGGAUGUUGCUGCAUACCGCGCUAAAUCGGGUUCAGGGAAGGGUGAUACUGGUAAGAAGGGUGGCCCAGGCCGGCCCGCUGCCAAGAAAGCGGCACCAGUUGACGACGACGAUGACGACGAUGAUGACGACGACGAUGAGGAGGAAGAUGAUGAUGACGAGGAUGAUGAUGAUGACUAAGCGGUUUAUAUGUUAAAGGAUGUGAAUUUUGCAAUGCAUUGUUCAGCUUAACGUGUGUGUUUUGUUUUUGUGGAUGAUUCCAACAAUAUAGUCUGCUGUCCCUGUUGGUCUGCCUCUGUAGGAUACCAGACCUGUAUUCCUUUUUUCAAAUUCAGGGAUUUAGUUUUUAUUUGUCACUUAGUCCCCUUAUGAAUUUUUUUUUUUAUAAUUUUUUUUCCUGCUGAACUGGGGUUUGUUACAUCGAAGAUCCUCGUUUUCUAAUUGGGCAGCCAGAUAUGAAUUUCCUGUGAUAAGGACUGAAAAUGCCUGUACAGGCAGUGGACAGCAGCAAAUCAGUAAGGUGGUGUGUUUGGUUUUUUUGUUUUUUUUAAAUAAAACUUAAACUUAUUGUUUCUGGAAGCACUGCUUAUGUUCGGUUUAGUAGUGCAGUUUCUUCACUGUCAUUUUACUACCAGGGGUUGUCUGUAGUUUAAUUAAAAAUGUUGCCAGCCAUUUUUAAAUGUGGAACGUUGAAAGCUUUUCAUGUAGAAUGAUUUUCUUUUGUAAUAAAAUUUUGUAUAUUA